GCCACAACAUAGGAGUCUUAUAAAAUAUACAGUCUUAAGUCGACGUGGCAGCUUACUUGCCUUUCUGGACUCAAACCCCGCUUCGGCCAACGUCAAUCGACCACAGAUAACUCAACUCAGUAUUCAAUCAUCCAGUAUGGGAGGAAACCUCAUCGAAAAGCUCAAGCAGCAUAUUCCUGGCCACCAUGGUGACCACAGGGAGGACGACCACCAAGAUUCCAACUACAGCCAAAAUCAAGAUCAAGGCCACAACCACGGGCCUGGCUACAGCCAAGGGGCCGGUCACAGCCAAGGAGCAGAUUACAACCAAGGAGGAGGCUACAGCCAAAGUUCUGGAUAUAACCAAGGUCUCAGUCACAACCAGCCCCCCCUACAUGAGCAGUGGUACGGACAGAACCAAAGUCAGGGCCACAACCAUGGUCCUGACUAUAAUCAAGACCACAGUAACCAGCGUCCGAGUCACAAUGAGGGCUCCUGCUAUAAUCAGGGCCCUAGUCACACACAAGACCCAGGGUAUAACCAAGGUGGUAGCCACAUGCAGGGCCCAGGUGCCGGCCAGCGAAAGCAAAGCGAUGCGUUCCGUGGUUGCAGCAUCGUACACAACUCCGAGCGCCGCCUCCACACCGGCGGCACCUAUCCUCGCCUCUGCAAGCUGUCCGACGGCUCCAUUCUCUGCGGUGUCACCCAAACCCAGAAUCAACAUCGAGUCCUCACCAUUUCACGCAGCACCGACAACGGCAGGAGUUUCGAGCCCUUCGGCGAGGUGGCACGCAGUCCCGGCGACUGCGAUAACAUCUUCCUGAUAGAAAUCCCAAGCCAGCAGGGUCACGCAGGACAACACGUCAGCAGCCAACAACACCCCAUGCCCGGCGGCAACUCAACCAUCCUAGCCGCUUUCCGCAAUCACGACCUCGACCCGCAAUCUCGCAAGCCCUCGCACUUCCGCAUCACCGUCUGCCGCAGCCAAGACAGCGGCCGCACCUGGAAGUACCUUGCCCAAGCCUUCGAGCAGUCCGCCGCGUCGAGCAAGGGUAUGGGUCUCUGGGAACCGUUCAUGCGUAUCGGCCGCCACGGCCAAAUUGAAAUGACGUAUUCCGCUGAGCUGGCGCCCGACAACCAGGAGACGUUCCGCGUCGUGUCGCACAACGGGGGAGCCACUUGGACUGCGCCGCAAUGUCUGCGCUGCCACCCUACGAAUGAGAAUCUGCGUGAUGGCAUGCAGGGGAUCGUGUCGACAAAGGAUAGGAGCUGUGGGCGCGACGCCUUGGUUAUUGUUUUCGAGACGACGAGGCAUAGGACGUUUAGUGUCGAAUACGCAGUGUCGUACAAUGAAGGAGACACUUGGGAGAAGAGGGGGUGUGUAUACUGCCCCCCGAAAGGAAAGAAUGCUGGGGCUCCUCAAAUCGCGAAGUACGACUCGCAUGAAGGGUUUGUGGUUAUCUUCAUGUGUGAUGAGGAUUCGGAUAAGGUGCAGUGGCCUAAGAAGGCUGGGGUGAAGGUGUGCUUUGGGGAUGGGUUGAGAGAUGGGAACGUGAACUGGAGUGAGCCGAGGGUGGUGCAGGAGGAGCCGGGGCAUUGGCCAGGAUUGUUGCAGAUGGGGCCUGAUGAGGUUAUGGCGGUCUAUGAGCAUGCUAAUAAGCCGACGGGGAAGCUGUUGCAAUGGCCGCGAGCGUAGUAGUAUGGAAGGCUGUGACGGGGCUAUGGUAGACAUGAGAUAGUUUCAUUUGGUUUAUCAAAUCGGGUUUCGGCCGUUAUCAAGAACCGGC